UGGCGGGCGUAAUAAAAUUAUUUUCCUGUAGAUUAUCUCCAGAAUCACAGCCUAGAAAACGCGAGAAAAUAAAAAGGAAAAAUGGGAGAUUUAUACGCUUUGGACUUUGAUGGAGUUCUCUGCGAUAGCUGUGGAGAAAGUUCCAUCUCUGCCGUCAAGGCUGCUAAAGUGCGAUGGCCGGAUUUGUUUGACGGUGUGGAUACGGCAAUGGAAGAUUGGAUUGUUGAUCAGAUGCAUAUUGUGCGACCUGUGGUCGAAACAGGGUAUGAGAAUUUGCUACUUGUGAGGUUAUUGCUGGAGAGUAGAUUACCUUCUAUUCGGAAAUCUUCGGUUGCAGAGGGACUAACUAUUGAGGACAUUUUAGAGAACUGGUCAAAAAUAAAACCAGUAAUCAUGGAAGAAUGGGAUGAAAACAGGGACGCUUUAAUCGAUCUUUUUGGAAAGGUUAGGGAUGCAUGGAUGGAUAACGACUUGGCUACUUGGAUUGGCGCAAAUAGGUUUUAUCCAGGUGUUCCUGAUGCCCUUAAAUUCGCAAGCUCAACUAUAUAUAUAGUCACCACAAAGCAGAGCCGGUUUGCAGAUGCUUUGUUAAGAGAACUUGCUGGAGUAACUAUCCCAGCUGAAAGGAUAUAUGGGUUGGGAACCGGGCCCAAGGUUAAAGUACUGAAGCAACUCCAAUUGAGAUCAGAAAACCAGGGGAUGAAAUUACACUUUGUGGAAGAUCGGCUUGCAACCCUGAAGAAUGUCAUCAAAGAGCCAGAAUUAGAUGGAUGGAACUUGUAUUUAGGGAACUGGGGAUAUAACACUCCAAAAGAACGGGAAGAAGCGGCCAACAUUCCCAGAAUUCAGCUAAUCCAGCUCAACGACUUCAGUAAGAAGCUCAAAUAGCCUUUAUUUUUAAUAUAAUCAAACUCAUUUGUUAUGGAUCACACUUUCUCCAUGAGAAA